CAUCUUGCUUGAAUGAAAGUAAACAAAAUAUUCAAUGUUAACGUUUGUUUCUAACAAAAAGAAAAUACCAGUGAAAUUAGAUAGCAACUAUUAAUAAAAUACAGAAUAUACCUCUCGUCCUAACUAAGAUUCAUCAGCUGAAUGAACCUAGAGUGCAGUGUUGAUUUUCAUUCUGAAACUUAAACCCUGUGACAAUCAGAUAAAACGUCAAUAUGUUGCCCAUUGAGUCACCAUUAAAUGCCCACUGUUUUGUUGCUAAUUCCACGACGCUGAUUAAAAACACUAGAGAGUAAUACAAAUAAAGAUUUACUGAUACUCUAAAACGCAUCAUCCUUAGCUUAAAACAUACUUAUGACAUACUAUACACAGUUCACAUUAUGAACAGGAUUGAAUGAUGGCUAUCAACGGAAUUCCGGGACUGGUAUGAAUCGCCGUUUGCUUUAGACGUCACUGCAUUAUAUACUCAACUAAUGAGCCCAGAUGGUCACUAUCUUAUGUGAUGAGGAGUAUAAUGAUAAGUUCGAAAAUAAGACGAAAUUCGGGUCCUGGGUUUCUCUGCUAGCCACCACCCACCUCUGCUUAUAAUGAUUGUGACUUAACGAAAAUAUCGAGACAAUCUACAUAGGAUAUAUAUAUGCCAAAAGAAACUGAUCAGUUACAGUCAAUACAAAAGAGCUGACAUUCAUUUAGUACAUAGAAUAUUCAUAUUAAAUAAACAUGAUACUGAAAUGAAAGUCAGUAUUAUACAAAGUAGAUUUUUCCAUUCAACAUAAAUGUCAAGACAGUUCUACUGUAUGAGGUGGAAACCUAAAGAACUACGAAAUCCAUCAUCCAGAAGAUACAAGUGUUUACAACUGUCUACGCAAAAUACUUCGGAUCCAUUGGCCAGACGCUAUCAGCAACAACCUACUGUACGAGAGAACAAGCCAGGUCCCAGAGGAGGAAGAAAUCAGGAAGAAGCGCUGGAAGUGGAUAGGACACACAUUAAGGAAAGCACCGAGCUGCAUCAUAAGGCAAGCUCUCAUUACUUGGAAUCCUUAAGGUCAAAGAAGGAGAGGAAGACCAAAGAACACAUUACGCCGAUAAAUGGAAAUAUACAUGAGAAGAAUGAACAAAAAUUGGAUAGAACCAAAAAGGAAGGCCCAAGACAGAAUGGGUUGGAGAAUGCUGGUUGACGGCCUAUGCCCCACAGGGAGUAACAGACGUAAGUAAAAAGAAGAGUUCGUGUUAUGAACUAAGUAUAGCUGGAUAAUGAAUGAUGCAAAACCAAGAAAAAAGAAAGAAAGAAAAAGAACAAGGAACUUUUAUUCUGUUCCAGUAUAGGAUCUUCAGAAAUGCGGACUCACAAACGUACACAAAAUCAAUCAUAUAUUUUGAAGAAGUUUAUUAAAACAAUGAAAUCACUUAUAAUCAUUUAUUGAAGCCUUGGUUAUUCGUAAAUGUACAACCCCCCCUUUAUGUGUAUAAAUACCAAUUUGUCGUAACCUUGAAUUUACCUUGAUGAUUCUUAAGUCAUUCUAUAGCCUAGGAUUACACAACAAUCUCUUAUUCCAUUAAUUGAGAUCAUGAGUUAAUUGAAGCUAGACCAUUAUGAGAAACCUAGAAGUACCGGUCGGUCGUUUCGUCCUAUUGUGAAACUCCUCAGUAGUGCGCAUCCACGAUCCCACCUCACGAGACUCGAACCCAGGACCUAUCAUUCUCGUAUGCAAGCGCUUAAUCACUAGACCACUGAAUCGGCAUCCAACAAUGUUAAUGUCUAACUUCAACUUACCCGCGAAAUUGAGCGACAUAUCUUUUCUAAUUCUUUAUAUACGAUAUAAAAUUGUUUCUUUCCCCUUUUUUACCUUUUUUACUUUAACUUUCAUUUAAUUGACUUUUAUUAAUUUUCAGAUAAAAUGUACUGACAAGUAUAUGUGUGACCAAAUUGUUCGAAAUGUAUAGCGUAAAUACAUCACUUCUUUUCAGAUCAAUGAUCAAUGAAAACCAGAAAGCACUCAUCAACUAUUUCAUUCCAGUAAAAACAUUUCAGUUGUGUAGAUCUAUCAUUCUACUCAAAGAAAUCGAACCUAGGACCUUUGGUCUCAUAAUACUCAUAUAUCAAAUAAUUUGGUAUGUUAGAGAUUUUCGCCUCAAAUCACUUCUUCAGCGUAUUAUACAGAAGACUAAACAUAUAAAUUCAGUUUACUGAAUUCUAAAAUGUCAUUAUCAUGUAAUGUGAUUAAAAAUGUUGCACAACAUGGUGUAUUAUCCCAUGCUGAAACAUUAUGACUAUCAGGCGUAAUACUUAUAGAUUUACAGAUGUUCUUAUUAACCGACACUAUGAUGUUCUUGGUCUAAUUCAUUCAUGACAGAUACAAUGAGAGAGACUCAGAGUAUUAAUCGCAAUAUAUACCACUGACGUUAUUUUUUAAUAAAUAAAAUUCAGGUUAGAAAUCACAUUUAUAUUGGCCUAGUAGACAAUACUAUUGUGGUGAACGAGAACAUAAUUGAGGACAAUCGAAUGUAUUUGAAUACAAAAUGACAGAAUAUCUUAGUAAAAUCUGAGAAUCAUAUAGUAAAUACUUCAUUUGCAGAAUGUCAAACAAUCGUCUCAUACUUCAUUGUCCUUUCGUUUCCAUGUCAACCAUUCUCUGUUGUCGUUCUUUUUCCUUCGAUCUCCUUAACCUUCUCCCGCUAGGCAUUUCACUUCUCAUUCAUGAUACGUACUAUUUAUAUCUGUUGACAUCAGUAGUGCACACCAC